AGUGGUGCACACUUCCUUCGCCCGGCCACAGAACAACAAAAAGAGUUGCUGGUGUAACAAUAGGAAGAAUAUAUUCCACUCCUCUCUUGUACACGCGGCUUAUGAGGCGUCUGUGAAGAACAUCUUCACCCUGAGCAACAGAAGUGGAGCUUCAGGAUGUGGACGGUGGAGCCACAGCCCUCCCACAUUAAGAAUGAAGAGGAAUCCCCAAUGAUCCCCCAUUUUAAAAAGAAAGAGGAGGACCCACUGACACCUCAUUUUAAAGAGGAAGCGGUGGAUCCACUGAGCCCUCACAUUAAGGAGGAAGAGAUGGAUUCACUGACACCCCAUUUUAAACGGGAAGAGGAAGACCCACUGACACCCCAUUUUAAAGAGGAAGCGGUGGAUCCACUGAGCCCUCACAUUAAAGAGGAAGAGGAGGAACACAGCAUCAGUCAGCAGGGAGAGCAUCUUGAAGGACUGGAGGAGGUUGAUGUCACCAAGAUGCCAGUGACUGGUGUCCCUGUGAAGAGUGAAGGUGAUGAGGUCAAAGGUGAGAGUGAGGAGAGGGGAGGGGGGGAGCCUCCAAGCAGCAGCUCAACUCAACACAUGACAACAGAAGCUGAUGGAGACCACUGUGGAGGAUCACAAGCAGACAAGCUCUUAGCUCCACUAUCAGAUAGUGAGGACACAACGUCACACUCUCCUGACACUGAUGAUGAAGACUCUAAAGAUGAUAAGACAUGUCACACUGACAACACACACUUCACGUGUUCUCACUGUGACAAAACUUUUAAAUAUCCUAGUAAAUUGAAAAUACACAUGAGAACACACACUGGAGAAAAACCUUUUUCAUGUUCAAUCUGCGGUAAUGAUUUUACGCGUAGGCACGAUUUGAAAGCACACAUGAAAAUACACACUGGAGAAAAACCUUUUUCCUGCUCAGAAUGUGGCAGAAGUUUUGUAAGAAAUCAAUGUUUAAAAGAACACAUGAGAACACACACUGGAGAAAAAGCUUUUUCAUGUUCAAUCUGCGGUAAAGAUUUUACUGGAAGGCAAUAUUUCAAAACACACAUGAGAAUACACACUGGAGAAAAACCUUUUUCCUGCUCAGAAUGUGGCAAAAGUUUUGUAAUAAGUCAAAGUUUAAAAGCACACAUGAGAAUACACACAGGAGAAAAACCUUUUUCCUGCUCAGAAUGUAAUAAAAGUUUUGCAAUAAAUCAAAGUUUAAAAAGACACAUGAGAACACACACUGGUGAAAAACCUUUUUCAUGUUCAAUCUGCGGUAAAGAUUUUACUCUAAGGCCGCAUUUCAAAUCACACAUGAGAACGCACUCUGAUGAAAAACCAUACUCCUGUUCAAGAUGCAACAAAAGCUUUCGUCACCGACAAUCUUUCACAGUACACAUGAAAAGACACCCAGGAGAGAAAGUGUUGAGUUGCAGUGUGUGUGGUGAAAGAUUCUCUUCUAAGUACCAGUGUAAGAAACACAAGUGUGCUGGUGAGAACAGCAGCAGCAAAUGAAGAUGCAGGAUUUGAAAUAAACUGUCAAAACUUGAACUUUGACUUUCUAACAACAUCAGCACAUAUAACAUGUGUGACAUCAUUGUUGUGUGUGUAACACAAUCUUGUUAAUAUGAUUCUAACAUUUAUAGAUUAGACACUUCAGAUUAGUGCUUUUAUUUCAGUCAAGUACAUGAGUUAAUAUACACAUUUAUGUACUUUAAAAUGAACAGAACAAUUUGACUGAAAAGGUGAGAAUAAACAAUACAUAAAAUAUGUUACAUACAAUAAACAUUUUAAGUGGAGGUAUUCACAAUUCACUUUAAUACUUAUUCAUAAUAGUGUUUUAUAUGUUUUUUGAAACAAUGAAGUGUUACAUAUUUUGUUUUCUAAUUGUAGAUGAUUCCAUAGAUGAACUCCUUUAUAUGAUGUACAUAUUUGUUUUACAUGUGUUCAUACUUUUGCUUUUGAGUACACAUAAAUCCCUCUUAGCUCAUAUUUACUGGUUCACAUCUGAAACAUCUUCUGGACCACUUCUGGAAGCAUAUUAUUAUUUACUUUAUACGUCAUUCGAGCAGUUGUCUUUUAUACAAUUUUAAAAUGUGUGACUUUAUGAAUCAUUUAUAGGGUCUCUAUAGUCCAUUCUAUGAAUUGUCUUUAUUACUCUCUUGUGUAAUAUGAAUAUUGUUGUGUGAUUGUUUUAUAUGUAUGUCCCCAGACCUUUAUGCAAUAAACAAUGUAUGCUUCAACUAAA